AUGCAAAAUAAAAAGUCCCUUCCCACGAGUCUCCGGGCGGGUCAUGCGCCGCCGCCGCACCAGGAGACUUCCAGGGUCUUGGCCGCGUCGCCCAAAGGCCAUGAAGGGGGGCUAUGUGGACAGCCGCCGCUCACGCGCUCUCUCCUGCCGGGGAUCCAAUGCUGGCCGGAGUUUGGGAGCGGGAGAGAACAAGCAAGGAACAAGCAAGGAACAAGCAAGGAACAAGCAAGGAACAAGCAAGGGGCAAGCAAGGAACAAGCAAGGGGCAAGCAAGGAGCAAGCAAGGAACAAGCAAGGGGCAAGCAAGGAACAAGCAAGGGGCAAGCAAGGGGCAAGCAAGGGGCAAGCAAGGAACAAGCAAGGAACAAGCAAGGAACAAGCAAGGGGCAAGCAAGGAACAAGCAAGGGGCAAGCAAGGAACAAGCAAGGAACAAGCAAGGGGCAAGCAAGGAACAAGCAAGGAACAAGCAAGGGGCAAGCAAGGAACAAGCAAGGGGCAAGCAAGGAACAAGCAAGGGGCAAGCAAGGAACAAGCAAGGAACAAGCAAGGGGCAAGCAAGGAACAAGCAAGGGGCAAGCAAGGAACAAGCAAGGAACAAGCAAGGGGCAAGCAGGAACAAGCAAGGGGCAAGCAAGACAGCAAGGAACAACAAGGGCAAGCAAGGAACAAGCAAGGAACAAGCAAGGAACAAGCAAGGAACAAGCAAGGAACAAGCAAGAAACAAUCAAGGAACAAGCAAGGGGCAAGCAAGGCUCUCGCGCGGACCGAGCUCGCGUGCCACUCCCGACGGCAACGCGGCGACGGAGUAA